GGUGGAGGGGGAGAGAGGAGGUAAAUUUUUAUUUUGGACGCGUUACAAUGGACGGAAUUGUAGGAGAGAAAGGAGGGAAGGGAGUGCGGGUGGAGGGAUGGGAGUGCGGGUGGAGGGAGGGAUGGGAUGGGGGUGAGAGUGGGCGGAAAUUGAAGGGAGUGAUGGAGGGAUGGAUGGAGGGAUGGGAGUGAGUGUGAGGGUGGAGGGAGUGGGGGUGGGGGUGAGCAGGUGGAGGGAUGGAGUGGGAGUGGAGGGAUGGGAGUGCGGGUGGAGGGAUGGGAGUGGGGGGUGAGUGUGAGAGUGGGCGGAAAUGGAAGGGAGUGAUAGAAGGGAGUGAUGGAGGGGGAUUUUUUAAAAUUGAUUGGGAGAGGGAAAUUGAUUUUUAAAAUUUUUUUUGUCAAUU